AUGGAAUCCGAGAUUCUUAUCGUCGGCGCCGGCAUCUUCGGCAUCAGCACCGCUUAUCAUCUCGCCAAGCGAUCGUCCAAUCCCGCCUCGAUCACCGUGCUAGACCGUUUCCCUGCUCCUUCGCAAGAUGCAGCAUCAACCGAUAUUAAUAAAAUAAUCCGUGCAGACUAUGGCAGCCCUUUAUACAUGGAGCUGGGGCUUGAAGCUAUCGAAGCAUGGAAAAAUGACCCCCUCUUCAAGAAUUCCGGUGUUUAUCACCAGACUGGCUGGAUCAUGAUGGAUGAGCAAGGCAGUGAUCUUGCCGGGCGCAUUGGAGCGAACUUUGGAGACAUCUUCGGUUCGAAUCCAUUGCAACCGAUGUCUGAAGAUGCAGUGCGGUCUGACUGGGGCGGAGCGCUCAGGGAUGCUGAUUUGAGUCCUUUUGGGUCAUUCUUCUUCAACCCCCUGGCUGGAUGGGCUGAUGCCGGUCGCGCCCUCACAAUUAUGGCAAAUGAAGUUAUCCGGAUGGGAGUGCGAUAUCAGGUUGGUGAAGCUACUCGCCUUGUGUUGGGUGAACGUGGGAUCAAGGGCGUGGAGAUCAAGUCGGGUGAUUUGUAUUCAGCCGACAAGGUGCUUCUAUGCACGGGAGCCUGGACGAGCCAGUUGAUGAGCUCCAUUGAGGAUGAGUUGAAGAUGCCCGAGACCGACAGGGUCGAGAGUCAAGCCAGUGCAGCUGGCGUGUGCGUCGCACACUUUCAACUUUCAAACGCCGAGCGGAAGCUGUACGACCGGCUUCCUGUAUACGUCUACGGCGAGCAAGGGGAAGUUAUUCCACCGGACGAUACGGGACUGCUGAAGUUCACCACGACGCAAUCCUUCAAAAACACCAAAGACGGCUACUCGGUGCCACCCUCCUGGGACUCUCCAGCUACUUUCACCCAACGCGAGGUCCCAGAAACCCUUCAGAAAGAAUGCAUCGGCUCAAUCCGACCUCGCCUCCCCCAGAUAUUCACUAGCGACCGCCAGGUAGACCAUUUCCGCCUAUGCUGGGAUGCGAUCACGCCCGACCAGCACCCAUUGAUCACCAAGCACCCGGACACACGACUAUCCAAUCUUUACCUGGCCGUAGGGGGCUCAUUCCACUGUUGGAAAUUCCUUCCCACGAUCGGGCGAUAUGUAGGCAACGUGCUAGACGGAGCAAGUAACCGAGCCGAACGCGACGACGCGUGGGCGUGGAAGAAGUCGCGACAAGCCAAAGGUGUCCACGACAGUCUGACGCCGAACAAAGAGCUGAGUAAUUACUACUGA